AUGCGCUCCCCGGGGGCUGCACGCAGUGUAGACGUCCUCUUCCGCGAUGAGAGCGAGAACAUCAUACGGAAGGCGAAAGCUUCGGAGGCGAAGAAGACUACUGCUUCCAAUCGCUUUUCAGACAGGCGAAAGUUGCCACAUGAUGAGCCUGUGCAAAAGGUUUCAGAGCGGGAGCCUGGCCUACUUGAUAUCACUGCUUGGCAAGGUCUGGUCGACGGAGGGCUGACUAUGCGGCCAACUCUCGAAGAGAGCGCGACAUGCCAUUUCUUCUUCAACUACAUUGUCGGCGUCAAUGCCCCUACGAGGAUGGAAAUGGACAAUUUGACAUGGAUGUACAAGCAUAGCAAUACUGACGGAACCCUCACCACCGCUGUCCGGGCCGUGAGCUUCGCCAGUUAUGCCCACCACAGGCGUAGUACAGAGCUCGAGAACGCCUCUAUGCUCCAAUAUACCAAAGCCUGUGGCCUUACCAACGAGGCACUCCAAUCUUCCGACAGGGCGGUCAAGGACACGACCCUUCUCUCCAUACUCAUCCUCGGCAUGUACGAAGUCAUGACUGGUGUCAAUCAGCGAUCUAUCAAAGCUUGGAUAGCGCAUGUCAAUGGCUCGGCCGCUUUGUUGAAGCUGAGAGGAACCGAACAACUUGCGAAUCCCAUCGGUCGCCGCUUGUUCGUCCAGGCAAUGACGGGCAUCUUGACCACCUCGAUCCAGCUGUGUAUGCCGAUUCCAGACAACAUUAUGGAGAUGGCCGAGAAACUGCCAGACCUGAUACAUCCUGCCGACGACUUCGCACGCCGAGCGUAUAACAUCCACCUGGCGCUCAUUAACGCUAAUCAGUAUCGCUGUGUCGUGGAAUCAAAGGAGCUGACUGACCCAUUCGACAUUGUCUCGAAAGGCCUGGAAUUAGAUGCGCCGCUUGCGGCAGUUCACGAUUCAUCCGUGCCGGAGUGGAAGUACGAUGUUCGUACCUCGUCUGAGCAUCACAUCGCCUUCAAGGGAACCUACCACGUCUAUGCCGAUCUUCUGACCGCGAACCUGUGGAGCGCAACCCGUGUCAUGCGAAGCCUUCUCCACGAGACGAUCCGGUCGACAUUACUCCAAGGCUUCGCUGCUCGCCCACCAGUCUUCACCAAGGUGGAGCAUACUAAGCAAUUUCAACGCACGACGGAUCUCUUGCAUCAACUAGCAGCCGACAUCCUUGCUUCGGUCCCUCAACAUCUAGGCUACGUCAAAGCCAGCCCAGUGGCUCAGACCCAAGAGACGGCUCAGGAAGAGCCAUCGCAACGCCCACAAGAUUCGAUCAAAGCCUUCAUGCCAUCAAACGACAUCCCCUUCCGCGACGUCAUCGCAGACAUGCGUCACGCCGUCGCUCCCAAGAGCUCCAUGCAAUUUGUCCAGGCGCGGUCGAGUGGUGGCAUGAAUCUGAUGUGGCCUUUGUUCUACGCGGCUACACGGGACAUCUCGACACCGGAGCAGCAGGCUUAUUGUACGAAAGUCUUGCGUGUCAUUGGAGAUGAGAUGGGGAUACGGCAGGCGCUUGUGUUGGCUGGUGCUUUGGAGUCGAAGACCGGCAUUGAUGCUUGGGACGGGGACGAGAAUAGGGUGGAGCUGGAGGAUGAUUGA